AUUGCUCAGUAUUUAGUAUUCGAAUAUUUGUAUAGAAUAUUUGUGCCAGCGCUAAGUUAAUAGUUUCACGUAUGUAGAUCGUUUAUAAUUAAAUAGGUUGUAAAAUGGUAAUAGUUUACCUAUUUGUAAUAGUUAUAGUUAGUACGUGUUUGUCAAACGUUUAUGGAAUUGACUACGAAGAUGAAGAAAAGAUGUACCAGCUGGUGUCCCCCGACCAACACACUCGGACCCCGCGCCUGGAGGACUUCUUCUGGACGGGGUCUGGGGACGGGCCCCCGCCGCCCGACCUCUCCGCCCCGCUGCCGUCCCCCACCGCGCCCGUGGUCCGCACCACCACGGUACUGGCGACCGUUUACUUGGACUCGUAUCCACCACAGGCGGUGACAGACAAGACGAGCGGGGAAUGCGUGCUCAACUGCGAGGCGACCCCAGACAGCCUGGAGCCCGAGAUACCAGAGGACCGGCGGUACUGGCUCCUGACCGUCAUCCAGGGCUCCACGCCUGAUAGCCUACAGCUGAGGCUCGCCAGAUUAUAUCAGAAAGCUUUUCUAAGACAACAGGAACGGCAUCUAGGUAUAAUCAAAUCACUAGAUGCCCCGACACCAAGAAAGAAACACGAUGUCCAUUCGUUUGUUAUUAAUAAAGACAAUGAGUUUAAAGAAAUAAAUACCAACACUGCCAAAACUCCCCAAAAAUUUUACGAUAACCAAACUUUUAUAAGCUUAGAUGACUUAAGUGUAAAUAAUGAUAAACAUAGAUCUCAAAAUGCAAGUAUGAAUAAUAGCUAUUUAGCAAAUAUAGAAAUGUUUUCAAUAGAUCAAGAUGAAUCACCAGUAGAUCCAAUAAAGAUAAAGUCAAAUAAAGUAGAAACAUGGAUACUCGUUACUCCGACUGUUGUUGUACAUAAGAGAGAAGUGGAAGAAGUUAUAGAGAGUAAUAAAGAAGAUCUCAUCGAUCUACCACUAGAAGAAGAAGUAAGCAAUGAGACGUUAUUGUUUAAGAGAGAAAUCAUCAAACCUGAUCAACAACCGCCAGUCCAAGUUCAUAUACAGAACAUAACAGAGUCGACUGAAGGCAGCGUACAGAUAGUGUACGUAGUGCUGGUCGGCGGCAGGGCUGUGCCGGCGGCAGUGGCGGCGCGAGACAUGCGGCUAGUGAGAGAUGCUGAAGUUGCUAAAGAACUAGGCGCCGUUGUCACAACCAAAGCUGAACCAGCGUACCUGAAAGCAGCGGAAGGGUUGGAAGGCGAGGCGGGUACUAUCGGCGUGCACGGCACCGAGCUGUGGGCGCUGGCGGUGGGCUCCACUGUUGCUAUACUGUUGCUGUUGGUGCUACUCGCUCUGCUGUGCUUUGCUCACAAGAAGAAGAAUGCAAAAUCAGCUGCAUCGUUACGCGCGUACAGAAAUGAGCUGCUGAGGGAAGCGGAGCGACAGCAAAUGAAACAAAUCAGCGACGAAAAGGAUUCUAAGCUAAUAAGCGUGGUGUCGCCAAGUAGAACAAGACCUAGCAGUGUGCUUUUACCUAUAUACAGAACUGGGAGUGCCUCAGGUUCAUCGACAACCUCGUCCGGUAUAUCGGAGGUAGCGGCCGCUCUUCGGAGGAGGCAGAAGAAACCACACGCGCUCAGAAUGCCGCAGAAGAAACGAGUGGGUACCACAGACAGUCUUCUAGAAGCGGCGGGCUUGGACAGUUCUGACAGCGGACAGCCGUCACCUCUAGGUCCGCCCACUCCAACCUCCUACCUUUCUAUGCCUUCAGUGAAUGCUUUUCCAAGGGGCAACAUAGUAGAACCUCUAUCUAAGAUCCUCGAGCCAGUCUCAGUGAGACAUCUAGACAUAGACUCGUCACCUACCAGUCUAGACCAGUCCAAAGUGGUGAAACCCAUGAGCGGCAAAGACGUGGUGCCGCGGAGACAGAUGCCGUCCCAACUUGUGCGGCUGGGCAGCAUUGACAAGGACCCUGGGGUCAUAGGGCCUUUGGUGUGGGACCUACAUUGCCAGAGGAUUAAAGAUGUAUCGAAGCCAUCCAGCCCAGCGAAGUCGGCCUCAUCAUCAGCUCGCAAGGAGCCGGGCGCCUCCCGCAUGAGGCAACGCUUCAACGAGCUGAUGGAUGACGCCUUCACGCUGUUCGGCAGCGCGGCGUCCAGCGACUCGCACCACACCUUCACCGUGGUCAAACAGGAGAGUAAAGAGAGUAGGGAGAGUGCGGAGAGUGUGGAGAGAAAGAGUGAGCCGGUGACGCAAGCACGCAACGACAACGUCCGGCUCCCCGGCUCGCCCUACACAGCGUUGCAUGUGGUCAGGGGCCGCUCGGCAGGACCCGGAAGGAGCAGUGCAACAACAGACAGCGGCUCGAGUCGGCCGCGCACCGCGCUGAUGCGGGGGGCAACGGGGGAAAGACGCGCUCCCCCGACCCCCGCCUGGCCUUCCGCACCAGCGCAUCGGCACCCAACGCCUAUAGUGAGUCCGGCGAUCAUCACCGCAGAGGGUCGCCUGGCGCCCGACGACCCGGCGUUACCGCUGAUAUCUGCCAUCAAGAGCGAGAUACAGCGCGUUAGAGAAGACGCUAAGAAAUCCGCCUUUCAACAUAGAGAAUAAUCCUACGAAAAUAUCAAGUGGUUAACAGUGGCGUAA